AUGGAGGGUUCAGGGCCCGUGAAGCCGGGGUCGUCAGCCUGCCUCUGGGUGUGGCUGCUCUCUGCUGCUGUCGCCUUCCUGUGCACGGAGGCCCGGACCACCCCGAGCCCCCUGGUCACCCCCAGCAAUGCCACCUGCUCAGGAAACUCCAAAUGCAGAGCGGGGAUCAUCCUGCCCAUCUGGUACCCCGAGGACCCGUCCAUGGGGGACAAGAUCGCCCGGGUCAUCGUGUAUUUUGUGGCCAUGAUCUACAUGUUCCUCGGGGUGUCCAUCAUCGCGGAUCGCUUCAUGGCGGCCAUCGAGGUCAUCACGUCGCAGGAGAGGGAACUGGUCAUCAAGAGGCCCAACGGGGAGACCACCACCACCACGAUCCGGGUGUGGAACGAGACCGUGUCCAACCUCACCCUCAUGGCCUUGGGCUCCUCAGCCCCUGAGAUCCUGCUCUCGUUGAUCGAGGUCUGCGGACACGGGUUUCAAUCCGGAGAGCUCGGGCCGGCUACGAUCGUGGGCAGCGCCGCCUUCAAUAUGUUCGUGAUCAUCGGCCUCUGCGUGUUGGUGAUUCCCCAAGGCGAGGUUCGUAAGGUCAAGCACCUGCGAGUGUUCUUCAUCACGGCGGGGUGGAGCGUCUUCGCCUACAUCUGGCUCUACAUGAUCCUGGCUGUGUUCUCCCCCAACGAGGUCCAGGUGUGGGAGGGUCUCCUCACUCUGGCUUUCUUCCCCAUAUGCGUUCUGCUGGCGUGGAUAGCGGACAGACGACUGCUCUUCUACAAGUUCAUGCACAAGAAGUACCGCACCGACAAACACCGGGGGGUCAUCAUUGAGACGGAGGCGGAGCGCUCGAAGGGCAUCGAGAUGGACGGCAAGAUGGUGAACUCGCACUUCAUGGACGGAAGCACCGCCAGCAAUCUCAUCGGGUUGAUCGAGAGCAAAGAGGUGGACGAGUCCCGGCGAGACAUGAUCCGAAUCCUGAAGGACCUGAAGCAGAAGCACCCGGAGAAAGAGCUGGAUCAGCUGGUGGAGAUGGCCAACUACUACGCCCUGUCACACCAGCAGAAGAGCCGCGCCUUCUACCGCAUCCAGGCCACCCGCAUGAUGACGGGCGCCGGAAACAUCCUGAAGAAGCACGUGGCGGAGCAGGCCAAGAAGAGCAUCAGCGUGCAGGAGGUUCACGUGGAGGAACCGGAGGAGUACGUGUCCAGGAUCGCCUUCGACCCCGCCGUCUACCAGUGCUUGGAGAACUGUGGCGCCGCGAUCCUAACCGUCACCAGAAAGGGCGGCGACAUCAACCAGACGAUCUACGUGGAUUACAAGACGGAGGACGGCUCGGCCAACGCCGGGGCCGACUACGAGUUCUCCGAGGGCACGGUGGUGUUCAAACCGGGCGAGAUGUUCAGGGAGAUCAACAUCGGCAUCAUAGACGACGACAUCUUCGAGGAGGACGAGCACUUUUUUGUGCGUCUGGGGAAUCUGCGCGUCCUGGAGACGGAGGACGAAGUGCUGUCGCCCAACAGCCUCCCGUACCCCAAGGCCAUGCUGGGCUUCCCCGCCGUGGCCACCGUCACCAUCCUGGACGACGACCACUCGGGCAUCUUCACCUUCGAGAGCGGCUCGGUGCACGUCAGCGAGAGCAUCGGCAUCAUGGAGGUGAAGGUGCUGAGGACUUCCGGAGCGAGGGGCACGGUCAUUGUGCCGUUUCGCACCGUGGAGGGGCUCGCCAAGGGAGGAGGGGAGGACUUCGAGGACAACUACGGAGAGCUGGAGUUCAAAAACGACGAGACCUGCAAACUUGUUCACGUGAAAAUAAUUGACGAUGAGGAGUAUGAGAAAAACAAGAACUUCUUCCUGGAGCUGGCCGAGCCUCGCAUGGUAGACAUGAGUCUGCAGAAAGCCAUGUUGUUAGCAGACGAUGUGUCGGACAGGAAGAUGACGACGGACGAGGAGGAGGCCCGGCGCAUCGCGGAGAUGGGGAAGCCGGUGCUGGGGGAAAACUCCAAGCUGGAAGUGAUUAUCGAGGAGUCGUACGAGUUUAAGAGCACCGUGGACAAGCUGAUCAAGAAGACCAAUCUGGCUCUGGUGGUGGGAACCAACUCCUGGAGGGACCAGUUCAUGGAGGCCAUCACCGUCAGUGCAGAUGAGGAAGAGGACGAGACCGGGGAAGAGCGUCUGCCUUCCUGCUUCGACUACGUCAUGCACUUCCUCACCGUCUUCUGGAAGGUUCUGUUUGCCUGCGUUCCCCCCACCGACUACCUGAAUGGCUGGGCCUGCUUCGUCAUCUCCAUCGCCAUCAUCGGCCUGCUGACCGCCGUCAUCGGAGACCUGGCGUCGCACUUCGGCUGCACCAUCGGCCUCAAGGACUCAGUCACCGCCGUGGUGUUUGUGGCCCUCGGCACCUCCGUCCCAGACACCUUCGCCAGUAAGGUCUCCGCGGUGCAGGACACGUACGCCGACGCCUCCAUCGGGAACGUGACGGGCAGCAACGCCGUCAACGUGUUCCUGGGCAUCGGCCUGGCCUGGUCGGUGGCGGCCAUCUACUGGCACAUGAAGGGGAAGCCGUUCGUGGUGGAGGCCGGGUCGCUGGCCUUCUCCGUCACCCUCUUCACCAUCUUCGCCUUCCUGGCCAUCUCGGUGCUGCUCUACCGGCGCCGUGCCCACAUCGGGGGGGAACUGGGCGGGCCCCGGGGACACAGACUGGCCACGUCCGCCUUCUUCUUCGGCCUCUGGUUCCUGUACAUCCUGUUCUCCAGCCUGGAGGCCUACUGUCAUAUAGAGGGCUUCUAAACGGCGGGAGGGGAACACAAACAUGCCGGGGUUUAAAGUACAACUUCAGAGGGUGGAUCUCACGGUGGGAUUCUUUGGUCCUGUAUGGUUUGUAAGAACAGGAGAGCUUUGGUUUUCCCAGACGCCUCUCGCUCUCUCCCUCAACCCCGUCUGUAAGGGAGGCUCAGAGGUGAGUUCCCUGACCUCUGGAGCACCGUCGCUGCAGGAGAGGAUGGCCGUCCUGAGCCGGUUCACUUACAGCUGGGAUUGGGUCUCCAUCGAGUCCAGAAGACCUGGAAGACACUGACGUCUUACAUCCGGAGAGGGUUGAGUUAAUCAGAGGUCUAUAUUUUUCUCAACGUCUGACGAAAACGACUUUUUCUAAAAAGUAUUUUGGGGAUAAAAUCGUAAAAAAUAUAAUAAAACAACAAAAAAAACACAAACACAAAAAAGAGGAUUAAAAGAACUAUUUUCUGAUCAACGUUAAGGAAUAGCAAAGUAUCGUUAGUGGGGAAUAUGUUGUAGAGUGACUGUGGGAUGGAUUUAUAGUAUUUAUUUUUUAUUUGCAUAGUUUCCUAAGAGCUGCAGAGUUCUCAGAAAUCACACGAAGAAGAAGAAGACGAUGGUGAUGGUGAUGGUGGACACAUCGAACACGGUCAAACUGCCCUGGACAUUACUUCCGUACUCUAUACGUAUCUAUAUAUAAUAUAUUUCCAUAUUUUCUGUAUAUUUUGAAUAUUUGUUUAAAUGUGGUCACUUUCUGCUCUAAGGAUUG